GGAGGGAGAGAGCCACUGAGUGUGGCUGGAGUUUUCUAGCUCAGGUAUCUGGGAGGUUGCUGUUGCUAAUUUACUGAGAUUAAAGUCUUAAAAGAAAGAGGCACCCUGGGAGUAGGGAGGAGGUACAAAGGAAGAAUUCAAUGUUAACUGUGUUAAGUGGGAAGCAGCUGCAGCGUGUUCUGUGGAGCUGCUGUAGCAAGUUGAGUCCAGGAGGGGCUGGGCUGGGGGUGUCAAUUUGACAGCUCUCAGCACAGAAAAGGGAGAGGAUCACAUGAGAGAAAAGAGAGGCCUUAACUUUGGGUAAUGCCUACAUUGAAGGGGUGAGUGGAGGAAGAGAAUCUGGUAAAUGUGAUUGCAAUAUCACAGCACACUGAGGAUGAAGAGCCAGGAGAAUCCAAGGCCUUGGAAAUCCAGCUUUGAGAAAAUGAUGGUUGAUUGUUUCUAACACCGAAGAGGGAUCACAUCGGAAAGGAGUGUACGAAGGCUGUUAGCCUUGGAAGAGGCUCAAGUGACCCUCCAGAAAGCAAUUUUCGUGGAAGGAUGAAACUUGAUGAUCAGGAACUACAGAGGGAAGCCGUGGGAUCCUUCCAUGAAGACUGAGGCAGGCCGAGCUGCUAAGAGCCUGCUGACAUGACAUCGGCCGCAGAGUUUGAAAAUGUGGGCAACCAGCCACCUUACAGCCGGAUCAAUGCCCGCUGGGACGCCCCAGACGACGAGCUGGACAAUGACAACAGCUCAGCCAGGCUCUUUGAGAGGUCCCGGAUCAAGGCCUUGGCAGAUGAGCGGGAAGUUGUUCAGAAAAAGACCUUCACGAAAUGGGUGAACUCGCACCUGGCUCGAGUGUCCUGCCGCAUCACCGAUCUCUACAAGGACCUGCGGGAUGGGCGCAUGCUCAUCAAGCUGCUGGAGGUGCUCUCUGGAGAGAUGCUGCCAAAGCCCACCAAGGGGAAGAUGCGCAUCCACUGCCUGGAGAACGUGGACAAGGCUCUCCAGUUCCUCAAGGAGCAGCGUGUGCACCUGGAGAACAUGGGCUCCCAUGACGUUGUAGACGGCAACCACCGCCUGGUCCUGGGCCUCAUCUGGACCAUCAUCCUCCGCUUCCAGAUUCAGGACAUUGUUGUCCCAACUCAGGAAGGUCGUGAAACAGCCAAGGAUGCGUUGCUGUUGUGGUGUCAGAUGAAGACGGCAGGCUACCCUCAUGUCAAUGUCACCAACUUUACCUCCAGCUGGAAGGAUGGCUUGGCCUUUAAUGCCCUGAUACAUAAGCACCGGCCCGACCUGAUCGACUUUGAUAAGCUGAAGGACUCCAAUGCCCGGCACAACCUGGAGCACGCAUUUGAUGUGGCUGAGCGCCAGCUGGGCAUCAUCCCGCUCCUCGACCCCGAAGAUGUCUUUACGGAAAACCCUGAUGAGAAAUCCAUCAUCACCUAUGUGGUGGCGUUUUAUCACUACUUCUCCAAGAUGAAGGUGCUGGCAGUGGAGGGCAAGCGUGUCGGCAAGGUUAUUGACCAUGCCAUUGAGACUGAGAAGAUGAUUGAAAAGUACAGCGGGCUAGCCUCGGACCUGCUCACCUGGAUCGAGCAGACCAUCACUGUUCUGAACAGCCGCAAGUUUGCCAACUCACUGACGGGCGUCCAGCAGCAGCUGCAGGCCUUCAGCACCUACCGCACUGUGGAGAAGCCGCCCAAGUUUCAAGAGAAGGGGAAUCUAGAAGUUCUACUUUUUACCAUUCAGUCCCGGAUGAGAGCCAACAAUCAGAAAGUGUACACACCCCACGAUGGGAAACUAGUGUCUGACAUCAACAGGGCCUGGGAAAGCCUGGAGGAAGCUGAGUAUCGGCGGGAGCUGGCCCUGAGAAAUGAGCUUAUUCGGCAGGAGAAGCUAGAGCAACUGGCCCGGCGCUUUGACCGGAAGGCUGCAAUGAGAGAGACCUGGCUCAAUGAAAACCAGCGCCUCGUGGCCCAGGAUAACUUCGGGUAUGACCUGGCAGCUGUGGAGGCUGCCAAGAAGAAGCACGAGGCCAUCGAGACUGACACGGCUGCCUACGAGGAGCGGGUGAGAGCCCUGGAGGACCUGGCUCAGGAGCUGGAGAAGGAGAACUACCAUGACCAGAAGCGCAUCAUGGCCCGCAAGGACAAUAUCCUGCGCCUGUGGAGCUACCUGCAAGAGCUGCUGCGGUCCCGGCGCCAGAGGCUUGAGACCACCCUGGCACUGCAGAAGCUCUUCCAGGACAUGCUGCACAGCAUUGACUGGAUGGAUGAGAUCAAGGCUCACCUCUUGUCUGCCGAGUUUGGGAAGCACUUGUUGGAGGUUGAAGACCUGCUACAGAAGCACAAGUUGAUGGAAGCUGACAUUGCCAUCCAAGGGGACAAAGUGAAGGCCAUCACUGCAGCCACCCUGAAGUUCACUGAGGGGAAAGGGUACCAGCCUUGUGACCCCCAGGUCAUCCAGGACCGCAUCAGCCACCUGGAGCAGUGCUUUGAGGAGCUGAGCAACAUGGCAGCUGGGCGGAAGGCCCAACUGGAGCAGUCUAAACGACUCUGGAAGUUCUUCUGGGAGAUGAAUGAGGCCGAGAGCUGGAUCAAGGAGAAGGAGCAGAUCUAUUCUUCCCUGGACUGUGGCAAAGACCUGACCAGUGUGCUCAUCCUACAGCGCAAGCACAAGGCUUUUGAGGACGAGCUCCGUGGGCUGGAUGCCCACCUGGAGCAGAUCUUCCAGGAGGCUCAUGGCAUGGUUGCGCGCAAGCAGUUUGGGCACCCGCAGAUCGAGGCCCGCAUCAAGGAGGUGUCAGCUCAGUGGGACCAGCUGAAGGAGCUGGCUGCCUUCCGCAAGAAGAACCUCCAGGAUGCUGAGAACUUUUUCCAGUUCCAGGGUGAUGCAGAUGACCUGAAGGUUUGGCUGCAAGAUGCCCACCGGCUGCUCUCUGGUGAAGACGUAGGGCAGGACGAAGGGGCCACGCGGGCCCUGGGGAAAAAGCACAAGGACUUCCUGGAGGAGCUGGAGGAGAGCCGUGGGGUGAUGGAGCACCUGGAGCAGCAGGCCCAGGGAUUCCCCGAAGAGUUUCGGGAUUCCCCAGACGUGACCCAUCGGCUGCAGGCCCUGCGGGAGCUCUACCAACAGGUAGUGGCCCAGGCAGACCUGCGUCAACAGAGGCUGCAGGAAGCCCUGGACCUGUACACGGUGUUUGGGGAGACAGAUGCCUGUGAGCUGUGGAUGGGCGAGAAGGAGAAGUGGCUGGCCGAGAUGGAAAUGCCAGACACCCUGGAGGACCUGGAGGUGGUGCAGCACAGGUUCGACAUCCUGGACCAGGAGAUGAAGACUUUGAUGACUCAGAUUGAUGGUGUGAACCUCGCUGCCAACAGCUUGGUAGAGAGUGGCCACCCACGCAGUGGGGAGGUGAAGCAGUACCAGGACCAUCUAAACACCAGGUGGCAGGCAUUCCAGACCCUGGUGUCCAAGCGGCGGGAGGCUGUGGACUCAGCCCUCCGAGUGCACAACUACUGCGUGGAUUGUGAGGAGACCAGCAAGUGGAUCACAGACAAGACAAAGGUAGUAGAGUCCACAAAAGACCUGGGGCGGGACCUGGCAGGUGUCAUCGCCAUCCAGCGGAAGUUGUCAGGGCUGGAGCGUGAUGUGGCCGCCAUCCAGGCCCGUGUGGAUGCCCUGGAGCGUGAGUCCCAGCAGCUGAUGGACUCGCACCCUGAGCAGAAGGAGGACAUUGGUCAGCGGCAAAAACACUUGGAGGAGCUGUGGCAGGGCCUGCAGCAAGCCCUGCGGGGCCAGGAGGACUUGCUGGGGGAAGUCAGCCAGCUACAGGCCUUCCUGCAGGAUCUGGAUGACUUCCAGGCCUGGCUCUCCAUCACCCAGAAGGCUGUGGCCUCCGAGGACAUGCCCGAAUCCCUCCCAGAGGCCGAGCAGCUCCUGCAGCAGCAUGCAGGUAUCAAGGAUGAGAUUGAUGGGCACCAAGACAGCUACCAGCGUGUUAAGGAGUCUGGGGAGAAAGUGAUCCAAGGCCAGACGGACCCAGAGUAUCUGCUUCUGGGCCAGCGGCUGGAAGGCCUGGAUACCGGCUGGGAUGCCCUGGACAGGAUGUGGGAGAGCCGCAGCCACACCCUCGCUCAGUGCCUUGGCUUCCAGGAGUUCCAGAAAGAUGCCAAGCAGGCCGAAGCCAUCCUCAGCAACCAGGAAUACACUCUGGCUCACUUGGAGCCCCCAGACUCCCUGGAAGCUGCAGAGGCUGGGAUCCGGAAGUUUGAGGAUUUCUUGGGGUCUAUGGAGAACAACCGGGAUAAGGUCUUGAGUCCUGUGGACUCUGGAAACAAGCUGGUAGCUGAGGGAAACCUGUACUCAGACAAGAUCAAGGAGAAGGUGCAGCUGAUUGAGGACAGGCACAGGAAGAACAAUGAGAAGGCCGAGGAGGCCUCUGUCCUCCUGAGAGACAACCUGGAGCUACAGAACUUCCUCCAGAACUGCCAGGAGCUCACUCUUUGGAUCAACGACAAGCUGCUGACAUCUCAGGAUGUCUCCUACGAUGAAGCACGAAACCUUCACAAUAAAUGGCUGAAGCACCAGGCGUUUGUGGCAGAGCUGGCUUCCCAUGAAGGGUGGCUAGAGAACAUUGAUGCGGAAGGAAAGCAGCUGAUGGAUGAGAAGCCCCAGUUUACAGCCCUGGUGUCCCAGAAGCUGGAAGCCCUGCACCGGCUCUGGGAUGAGCUGCAGGCCACCACAAAGGAGAAGACCCAGCACCUCUCAGCUGCCAGGAGCUCCGACCUGCGCUUGCAGACCCAUGCUGACCUCAACAAGUGGAUCAGCGCCAUGGAGGACCAGCUGCGGUCAGAUGACCCGGGCAAGGACCUGACCAGUGUCAAUCGGAUGUUGGCUAAGCUGAAGCGAGUGGAGGACCAAGUGAAUGUGCGGAAAGAGGAGCUGGGGGAGCUGUUUGCCCAGGUGCCUUCAACAGGAGAGGAGGCAGGAGACGUAGACUUGAGCAUCGAGAAGCGGUUCCUGGACCUCCUGGAACCGCUGGGGAGGAGGAAGAAGCAGCUGGAAUCAUCCAGAGCCAAGCUGCAGAUCAACCGGGACGUAGAGGAUGAGACGCUCUGGGUGGAGGAGAGGCUGCCUCUGGCCCAGUCAGCCGACUAUGGCACUAAUCUGCAAACCGUGCAACUGUUCAUGAAGAAGAACCAGACACUGCAGAAUGAGAUUCUGGGCCAUACGCCGCGGGUUGAGGAUGUGCUUCAGAGAGGGCAGCAGCUGGUGGAGGCAGCGGAGAUCGACUGCCAGGACCUCGAGGAGCGCCUGAGACACCUGAAGAGCUCCUGGGAUAGGCUGCAGGAGGCAGCGGCCGGGAGGCUGCAGCGACUGAGGGACGCCAACGAGGCACAGCAGUACUACCUGGAUGCGGACGAGGCUGAGGCCUGGAUUGGCGAGCAGGAACUCUACGUCAUCUCUGAUGAGAUCCCCAAGGAUGAAGAGGGCGCCAUCGUGAUGCUGAAGCGGCAUUUGAGGCAGCAGCGUGCGGUGGAGGACUAUGGCCGGAACAUCAAGCAGCUGGCCAGCCGGGCCCAGGGCCUGCUGUCUGCAGGCCACCCUGAGGGGGAGCAGAUCAUCAGGCUUCAGGGGCAAGUGGACAAGCACUAUGCAGGGCUGAAGGACGUGGCGGAAGAGCGCAAGCGCAAGCUGGAGAACAUGUACCACCUGUUCCAGCUCAAGCGGGAGACUGACGACCUGGAGCAGUGGAUUUCAGAAAAGGAGCUGGUGGCCUCUUCCCCGGAAAUGGGGCAAGACUUUGACCAUGUGACUCUUCUGCGGGACAAGUUCCGGGACUUUGCCCGGGAGACCGGGGCGAUUGGGCAGGAGCGGGUGGACAACGUGAAUGCCUUCAUCGAGCGACUCAUCGACGCGGGCCACAGCGAGGCGGCCACCAUCGCUGAGUGGAAGGACGGGCUGAACGAGAUGUGGGCAGACCUGCUGGAGCUCAUCGACACGCGUAUGCAGCUGCUGGCCGCCUCCUACGACCUGCACCGCUACUUCUACACGGGUGCCGAGAUCCUGGGCCUCAUUGACGAGAAGCACCGCGAGCUGCCGGAGGACGUGGGGCUGGACGCCAGCACGGCCGAGUCCUUCCACCGGGUGCACACGGCCUUCGAGCGGGAGCUCCACCUGCUGGGUGUCCAGGUGCAGCAGUUCCAGGAUGUGGCCACCCGUCUGCAGACAGCAUAUGCUGGGGAGAAGGCAGAGGCCAUCCAGAACAAGGAGCAGGAGGUGUCUGCCAUGUGGCAGGCACUGCUCGAUGCCUGUGCCGGGCGCCGGACCCAGCUAGUGGACACGGCGGAUAAAUUCCGCUUCUUCAGCAUGGCCCGUGACCUCCUCUCCUGGAUGGAGAGCAUCAUCCGGCAGAUCGAGACCCAGGAGAGGCCCAGGGAUGUCUCCUCUGUGGAAUUGCUCAUGAAGUAUCACCAGGGCAUCAAUGCAGAGAUUGAAACCCGGAGCAAGAACUUCAGUGCCUGCCUGGAGCUUGGCGAGUCCCUGCUGCAGCGGCAGCACCAGGCCUCAGAGGAGAUCCGUGAGAAACUGCAGCAGGUGAUGUCCAGGAGGAAAGAGAUGAAUGAGAAGUGGGAGGCCCGCUGGGAGCGGCUCCGCAUGUUGCUGGAGGUGUGCCAGUUCUCGAGGGAUGCCUCUGUGGCUGAGGCGUGGCUGAUCGCCCAGGAGCCCUACCUGGCCAGCGGGGACUUUGGACACACAGUGGACAGUGUAGAGAAGCUCAUCAAGAGGCACGAGGCUUUUGAGAAGUCCACGGCCAGCUGGGCAGAGCGCUUCGCUGCCCUGGAGAAGCCUACCACGCUUGAGCUGAGAGAACGCCAGAUUGCGGAGAGACCUGCAGAGGAGACUGGGCCUCAAGAGGAGGAAGGCGAGACAGCAGGGGAGGCUCCGGUUUCCCACCAUGCGGCCACUGAGAGAACGUCCCCGGGGGAAGAACAGGGAACGUGGCCUCAGAACCUGCAGCAGCCACCACCGCCGGGGCAGCACGAGGAUGGGCAGAAAUCUGCUGGGGACGAGAGACCCGCCACGGAGCCCCUCUUUAAGGUCCUAGAUACGCCUCUGAGCGAGGGUGAUGAGCCUGCAACGCUGCUAGCCCCGCGGGACCAUGGGCACAGCGUGCAGAUGGAAGGCUACCUGGGCCGCAAGCACGACCUGGAGGGGCCCAACAAGAAGGCUUCCAACAGGUCCUGGAACAACUUGUACUGUGUGCUCAGGAACAGUGAGUUAACCUUCUACAAGGAUGCCAAGAACCUGGCCCUGGGGAUGCCCUACCAUGGGGAGGAACCCCUGGCCCUGAGACAUGCCAUCUGUGAGAUUGCUGCCAACUACAAAAAGAAGAAGCAUGUCUUUAAACUGAGGCUGAGUAAUGGCAGCGAGUGGCUCUUCCAUGGCAAGGACGAGGAGGAGAUGCUGUCCUGGCUGCAGGGUGUGAGCACCGCCAUCAACGAGUCCCAGAGCAUCCGCGUCAAGGCGCAGAGCCUGCCCCUGCCCUCCCUCUCCGGCCCCGACCCCAGCCUUGGCAAGAAGGACAAGGAGAAGAGAUUCAGCUUCUUCCCCAAAAAGAAGUAGCGGCCGAAGGCCCCCGCAGGUGGGGCUGGCGGGCGCGGCGGAGUCGCAGAGACCGGGCGCCCCGGGCCUUGGCCUCCUCUCGCCGCCGCCCGCCUGUCGAAUCGAGUCGAGUCGCGGGCCGGGCCCCCGGGCCCCACGCUGCACUGCAAAAGCUGCCUUCGCCCGCGCGUCCUGGGCCGACGCCCCUUCCAUGCCCUCCCCCGCGCCGGCUCUGCUCCAGGGACAGGGGCUCCCAGCUCCUCUGGCGCCUUCGGGGCCUCCAGGCCUGGGGGCAGGAAACGGUUCCCUGAGGCACACGCCCUCCUCUCCCACCCUCCUCCUGAGCCGAGGGUGCGCAGGCCCCUUACCCCCAACCAAAAAAAAAAAAAAAAUAGAAAAAAAAAAGAGCUGGAGAAGGCUGAUGGGGUUCCUCAAACGCUGCCCAUUCUUAAAGCAAGUCUUGCUUGGGGUCACCUCCCACCUGGUGGCAGCCAGGGAAAGGGGAAAGGAAGAGGGCACUGGAAAUGCAUGGCCAGCCACCUAGGGGCAUGAGGAAGGAGCCAUCAGGUGGCCCACAAAGCCCUAGCUCUGGGUCAGGGGCUGUGGGGGGCUGAGGGGACCAGACUGGGUGCAGGGCCUUGGGUGCUGCCAGCCUCCUCCCCACUGGGCUUCCGCAGAACUGGGACUCUCACCUCAGGGGCCACCACAUCCCUUCUCUCUGCUUCUCCCCCCAGAUCAAAGGGCACCCUCCACGGCUGGCAGGGCCUGGCUGAGUGCCUCCAGCACCCUUGUGCCACCACAGACAGUCCCAGGAGGGGCAGCAAGGUCAGACCAUUCCUCAUUGAAAACUGUGGCUAGGGCACAGGGCUGUGAUCUGAAGGAGUAGGUCACAACACUGCCUAAGGCUGUCCCUCUCAAUGCUAGGACCCUCCCCCCAUUCCCAGUGGCAGCCAAACCAGCAAUAUCCGACAGACGUAGGCCCCCUAGGGGACAGUGUGGGCCCCCAGAUACAAGAUGGAUACCCCUGCACCUGCAGUGAAGCAUCCCAAAGCCAAAUGUCCAAUUGCAUCCUGUCUGCAGCUGGGACUUCGGAAGGUACGGCUGGGCAGACAGCCAAGUUGAUCACCUAUCGUCUCGGGGUGGCAGAUGCAGCCAUGCCUUGGCAUCACCACCCGUGACAGCUACCCCUGCACAGUUGGGACAGAUGUCGGGGCCACAGCCAUGAAGGUGUGGUACCCCUUGAUCAGCUUCUCCAGAAGGUCCUGGCCCCAGGUCUUGGGCGGCGGGGGGAGUGUCACAUGAGUACAGAGGUCAAAUAUCUACCACCUUCCAGCCCUGAGUGCCAGAAGUUCUGCAACCUACGUCUUCAGGAAUGGCCUUCCUCUUGCUGCCCAGGUCAUACUUCUGGAGGGAGAGAAGUCACUCCACAAGGAUUUUCCCACCACUCUACUCUGAAAGCAACGCAGUUCUGGCCCAGUAUCUAACGGGUUAGGUCCAAGAGAGGAGUCAAGCAGGUGGGGUGGGGGUGGCAGCAGGCAUUCUCCCCCAGGGAAACCAUAGAAGUCCCCAGGGCCUGCAGGCAGUUUCUAUCACUUUCCCUGUGUGAAGGACCUUAGUUCCAUGGAGAUGAAGGAGGUGAGGUUCAGGUAGAAGCCACAGGGGCAGGCAUCCAGAAGGAGGCCCCCUGAGGAACCCUGAGUGCUGACCAGUGCCGGCAGAAAUCAGUUCCACCCUGUGGCCCUGACACUGUCAGGGAGCCACCAACUGCAGCAGGCAGGAGCCACAGGAAGGAAGACAUCAUCCAAUAGAGCCUGAUAUCCCCAGGUUCCCGCCCUGGUGGGCAAGGUCUUCAUUUGGCUUCGGUGCAUAUGACCCUAUACAGGGAACCUAGUGUGUACCACUCACCAGCCUCUUUCUGUAUCUGGGGAAACCAAGGCAGUGAGAUGACUGCACUCACCUAGCAAUAAAGUAGGCCUUUGGUGCACUUGCGGGCAUGUCCUCUGGGGCAGAAAGCAGGUUCCUUGCUGAAGGGCAGAUGGUGGCAAGCAUCUCCCUCAACUGUUUCCCUCGGCCAGUCUUUAGGGAGCCAAGGGACAAGGGCCCACCCUCCCCCUUCCACGUGUGCCAAAUCAGCACCUGAAGUGAGUCAUUUCCAGCAAGCAACUCCACAGACCCAAGAAAAGAACGACUCCAGUGGAAGAGCUAGCAUCUCACCACCCCAGGUCCCCCGGGCUGGUCCAGGGCAGCCAGCUGCAUGUGACCACUCUGUUGCCAGCUCCCCACACAUCCCUCCUGUCACCCAGGCCCCAAGACAUUCGACCAACUGGACUGAAACCGCAGGCAUCCAGCUCUGGGAGGCCCUGUGCUACACAGGGCUAAGCUUACCCUGGCAAGGUCUUUUUUUUUCUAUCCUUAUUCUACUUUACAGUCUUUUCUUUGACAGUAUUCCUAAACUAGGUUGACACAGCUCCAGUCCACACCAGCAUACCAGGCUUCCUCCCCAGGGCAGUUUAGAGGAAGCUCCUUCCGGGCGCGGUCAGGCGGUCCUCCUUCCCUCUCUCCUUCCCCUUUGUCCCGGCCUCAACUGACUGGCUAUGGGAGGUGUGGAGGGUCCUUGGGCUUUCCUCCCCAACCUGGCCUCCACUAGCACCCCUAACAGGAGGCCCGUGGAAGGCGCAGCCUCUCCUCCACAUCCCUCCUUCCUGCGUAUCGGAGGCAACCAGGGUCCCCUAGGCUGACCCUGAAUCCUCUUCCUUCCUUCAUGGGAGGGGGGCAGGAAUCCAGAGGACGACGAAGCCAGUGGGACCACAUGGCUUGGUGGCUUGGACAAACAAGCUCAGGGAGGAAAUGAGGCGGCGGAGGCUGCAGAGGAAUGCAACCCUGUUGGGCACAGACCAUGCAAUCUGGGGCUGGCCCUGGGGCCAGCUGGGUCCUGUCCUCCACCUGCUCAACCGUGCUUCCACCAACCAGAGGAAACCCAUUUACUAGUUUUUCUAAUAAAUCAAUAAUGCUCCA